GGGCGGACGGGAGCCGUAGUCCGGGCGCGGCGGCGUGCCCGAGGUCGGCGGGGCGGAUGGCGCUGCGCGGCUCGCUGCGGGCCGGCCGGGCGCUGCUGCGCGCCCCGGGGCCGCCCGCCCGCGGGCUCUGCAGCCGGCCGCCGGCCUUCGGGUUCCUGUUCGAUGUGGACGGCGUGCUGGUGCGGGGCAGCCAGCCCGUGCCCGCCGCCCGCCGCGCCUUCCAGAGGCUGACGGACGGCGGCGGGCGAAUGCGGGUGCCCGUCGUGUUCCUGACCAACGCCGGGAACUGCCUGCGGUCGGCCAAGGCCCGAGAGCUGUCCCAGGCGCUGGGGCUGCAGGUGUCUCCGGAGCAGGUGAUCCUGUCCCACAGCCCCCUGCAGCUCUUCAGCCAGUUCCACCAGAGGUGCAUGCUGGUGGCCGGGCAGGGGCCCCUGGAGGAGAACGCCCACAACCUGGGGUUCAAGCACGUGGUCACCAUAGAGGCUCUGAGGAAGGCAUAUCCCCUGUUAGACAUGGUGGACCUGAGCCGGAGGCUGAAAGAACUGCCUCCUCCCACCACUGGCUUCCCCACUAUAGAAGGGGUGGUUCUGUUUGGUGAGCCAGUGAGGUGGGAGACGAGCCUGCAACUCAUUGCUGAUGUACUCCUGAGCAAUGGGAACCCUGGGGCAGAGCGGCAGGAUGUACCAUACCCUCAUCUGCCUAUCCUUGCCUGCAACAUGGACCUCCUGUGGAUGGCUGAAGCCAAGAUGCCCAGGUUUGGCCAUGGCACUUUCCUCCUCUGCUUGGAGAGCAUCUACAAGAAGGUGACAGGCAAGGAGCUGAAGUAUGAGGCCUUGAUUGGCAAACCCAGCCCCGUCACCUACCGCUAUGCCCAGUACUUGAUCCAACAGCAGGCAGAGAAGCAGGGCUGGAAGGCUCCCAUCCGACGCCUCUAUGCAGUUGGGGAUAAUCCUAUGUCUGACGUCUAUGGGGCAAACCUCUACAACAACUACCUCAAGUCAGCUCAGCAGAACCAGGUCCAGGCUGGGCUGAAGAGGAGCCCACAGGCAGCCAGUCCCCAGGCUGAGGUUUCCCUGGAGUUGAGGAAUGACUGCAACAACUCAGUGCAGAGCUGCGAGUCGAUUCUGGUCUGCACCGGGGUCUACCGCCACAACGGUGCCGUUCCCAAGAAAACAGUGGAGACAGUGUUCCAUGGACAUCGGGACUUCAGCUUCGACCCCAGCCUGCUGGAGGCAUCUCACAUAGUGGAGGAUGUGGAUGAUGCUGUGCAACUUGCUUUUAAAAAAGAAAACUGGAGCUAGGGGUUAAGACAGGUGUGCCUAAAGAUCUGCUGUGAGGGAUUUUAUGUACUGGAAAGAGGGGAAGAAUGGGGAGGGACCUGGGGUGAUUUUCUAAUCUAGCUAACAUUUAAGAAAACUCCCUGUUGCAGCACUAAAAAGCCCUUAAUUUUAUUGAUACUCAUCUGCCAUCCUGACAGCUGCCCACAGACUUUCAACUGUGACUGUGCAUUGCUGCCAGCCAUAAUUGAGCCAUAAUGGAAACAGGGUAUAGGCAGUAGGCUUGUCCCAGCAAUCCCAGUUUUGUUCAGCUCUCACAGGUCCUUCUUUUCACACUUUGUGUGCAAAGAUCAGGGGAGCCCACCCUCCUCUUUGUGGGGUGUUUGAGGGCAAAGCUCUUCCCCACACAAGGAGCCAGCAUCAGCCAUUUGCAGAAUGUGCUGUUUGUCCAGGCUGUGACUCUUGCACACCAGAAGCUGGGCUGCGGUGGCACCAUGCCAAGAGAAGGCUUUAAGUCUUAACAUUCUCCUCGUGAAGAGUAAGUGCCUACAGACUUUAACAAAUUCUCUUUGCCUGGGGAUUUGCCACUGCAUCACUGUCAGCCCGAAACAAAGUUCUGUUUUGCAGUCAUCUGGCAGCUGUGGAGAGGCAGAGCCCCUCAAAGGAAGCUUCAGUAGCCAGAGCAACUUGCUGCAGGGCUGAGGUGAAAGUUAUAUUGUUCCCUCCCCCCUAUUUAGCAUUCUGUGAACACCCCUGCCUUUUCACAUCCCACCAGGGAGCCAGCAGCCUGUGCUCAGCAGCAGAGGAAACCACCAACAGAGUUUGAAUUGGCAGAGUUGUCUUUGCCCAGAACUCAGUGCUGCAGCAAGAGGCUUUUUUGGCACCCACUCUGAUCCCAACUGUUGCCGGGAACAUCCACCUGCUCCAGCUGGCACAGCUUCCAAGAGGGCCCUUCUUUGGAACAAGGGCCAAACAAAAAGAGUCACAGUCCACCUUUGCUCCUUCCUUGCAUGCAAAGAUUCAAAGAGAAGAUCAGUCAAGCCAGGAUAGUACCAGAGCCCCAGACUCCCAGAACUGAUCUUUUAGAAUACAAAUGUCUGUGUCUUCCAGUUCCUUUGUUCCUCUCAUCCUUCAUGUGGUUUGCAGCUCAGGGAUACCCCAUACAGUCUGACCUCUGGUCCCUCCUCUUUCUUUAGCAAGCAGGUAGAGUCCCCCUGACAUGAAUUAGCAGCUGAGCUUUGCCUGCCCAGGAACUUUUCCCUAACAACAUGCACCUUCUAUUGCCUCUGUUCUCCUAGCUCUUCUAUCCAGAGAAAGAUAAGACUUGUGUCUCCAUAGACAUUCCAAAGAAGAUAAGCAAGGUUUGCAUGAGAAAUUAAUGUGAAAGAUUUGGCUUAGCGAGGAGUGUCUUAAUUCCAGAGGAGCACUGUGAUUUUAGAAGCACAAAUCAGCCUGUGUAUAUGCUGAAAAGCCUUGGAGCGAACACAACUGAGUUGAUUUUCCUAACUACAGUCAGCUCACAUCACACUGAAGUAUCAGAAACAGGUCUGCUCUGCCUCUUCUUUCCUCCUUCCUGCUUUUCUAGGCAGCUCCAUACACAGGGUGCAAACUAGAUGUUCUGCACGGAAGUUUGAGUUCUUGAUUCAAAUCUCAGCAUCCAUGUGCACUGAAAUUCUGCUCCAGCAGCUCUCCAUCCUCUCAAUACUGAAGUAUCUUCCUAGGAAGGUCACUGCAGCUUAGGCUCUGUUCUUAAGUUGUGCCAGGCUCUGUGUGUGAAGCAGAUCAGAUGCUCUUUCACUUAUCCAGGUAGAAGAGUUCAUUCUCUGUUUCUCUAUCCUGCCCUUCUUGAAUAGGAGCAGAAAAAUACCUCUUUGCAUGUGUUUCCCUCAGUGAAAUCCACAAUUGGAAGCAGUUUCUUCCUCUCUUACCAUUACUUGGGGUUCUUCUCCUUUGUCUCAUCAGGGCAAGAACUGCUUGGCUGCUUCUAAAAGCAGCUGUAAUGGGAGGAACACGGAUUUGAAUCCUUUUCCUUUCGCUGCAGAGAGAAGGAAAUUACCAUUUCAUCUCGUUGCACAAAACAAGGGCUUGUCUCCAGUUCCCAGAAGAGCAGGCACAGGGAAGGACUUGGGAAAUAACACAGGGAAGGUCCUUUGGCUGCAGCACCUCCCCACAGUCACAGCUGUGCUGUGCCCCCAGCGUGCAAGGCCUGAAACUGGAGCCCAAACCCCAUUUAUUCAUAGGGUGGCUCCAGUGUCCCUCAGCCUUGUUUUUCAGAGGUGCCAUCCACUGCAGAAAGAGGAGCACUCCCUUUGCUUGCAGUGCUUGCUGACUUGGGUGGGAGCUGUCGUGGGAUUCCUUGGAAUGCUCCUGAUGGACAGACCUCGGGGAGCUGGUGGCUGGCAGGAAGAACGAGCCACACCUUCAGCAUGGUGAGUGCUGACUGCAGAAAGGCUGAGCUCUGUCCAUCUGCAGCCAGCCUUUGGCAGAGCUCUGUCUUGUUGCUUGUUAGGAGUGUGGUGCCAGUUACUCAGAGAAAAGGUGCUGCUGAACACUGUGCCCUGAGAACUGUGGCACCUCUUCCAAGGUUUGCAUUUGUUUGCAUUUGCACAGAGAGGGAGCCAGGCAUCUCCAUCUUUGGAAUAGCAGUGGAGGUGAGCUGACUGAUGUGAAUCUGCUUCAGAUGCCAAAUGUGCUUUUAGCUCUGGAUUAGGUUUUUUUUUUCCACACUCACAGUGUUCUGUGAGUCUUAAAAAUGUGUAGGAGGACCUUCAGUGAUAAGGAAUUUUAAAAAAAUGCUUUGCUUGCUAGUUGAAAUUGAACAGAAGGGAGGAGAAGGAAUCUAGAAAUAUCUUGUACCCUUUGCCUAAUUAAUACCAAGUAAGGUUGCAUAAAAAACUCUGCUUUGCUGCUCUCUGCACUAAUUAGUUAGCCAGAUGGGCUGCCCUUGGUCUGAGCAAUGCAAAGACCUUUCCCCUCUUCCCCUUCUUAGAUCCUUGAAACAGUGCACUUUGUCCAAGUCCCUGCUGGGAAUUGCAUGGACCCACUGGAUGAAGUAGGAAAUCUGGCUUCUCCAGCUGCUGUUGGACACUGGCUUGAUUCUGAAAGGUUUCUGUUAAUGACAUUGCUUGGCAGGUCUCCUCUGUUGCAUGAGUUGUGCUAGAGUGUUGUACUUGUAGCUUAUGUCCAGUUCAUUUAUGGACAUCUGUUGUUGCCAGAAUUCAGUGAAAUCCUUUUUCCUUGGAACUGCAGCUUCCUGGAAUUAGCUUCCAGCGUGGCUGGAAGGAAACUUCCUUUGUCUCAUGUGUUGCUCAGAAGAGGUGUCUCCAAAGCAGUAUUUCUGUCCUUUGGAGCUGUCAUCCUUCUGUGCAGAUUGUGGGACCAAGCAGGAGAGAUCACCACUGCUGAUCCAAUACCUUGAUACUUACAUGGUGCACUGCCUGUACAACAAACAGGGCAAAGACCUGAUCCUAACAACUCCAUCUUCCAAAGAUGAACAGGUUUUUGUCAAGCCAGAAGGGAGCUUGCAACUGAAGCUAGCAGGAAGGAACCAAGGGAUAGACCUUGUUUUGGAUCUGAAGCCAAGAGCUUUUAUGGCAUGCAAUAACAUGGUGGCCAGAGAAGUCAAUUCCUUUAUUCCACAGGAUGCAUGCAACUGCUAACCUGGCAUUCAGGGCAUCAGAUAACACUGCUGACCCCUUCCUUCCAGUCCUAAUCCUGCCAUGUCUUUCCCCCUCCAAGAAAUGGUAAUGUUUCAGAUUGUGUCAUGUGCACUGUAGAAGAGUGAUUAUAUAUCAUUCAGAGAAAUUACAAACUGUGAUUAUUUUAGAUUUCAUAUUAAUUUCAAUGCAGUUACAGAGUUGCUGCUUUGUUCAACCACAUAUGUAAAAUAAUAAAAUAUGUUUUCUUUGAAAUUAA